GAGGGGAUGGAGGAACUUGGGGGAGAAAAGGGGGCCGUUGCUUUAGACCUUCUCCGUAGUCGGGGGCCUUACUCAGGGAUUUGCCUGGGGAGAGCCCGGAGGCUGCCUGGAGACAAGGCCCUGCUGAGUCUGGCCAAGAGGACUGUGAUGGUCUGUCUUUGCAAAUGUCAAUGCAGCUAGCUGGGGAAAGCCUUGUGGGUGGGGUCUGCUGCAAGUAGCACUUGCCCCUUCUCCAGGGUGAGUGUGUGUUCCUCGCUGGCCUGGGGAGGGGGAGACAAAAGGGGGAUCUUGAAGGUCCCACUCUGCAGAUAGGUCGACUGAGGUUGUAGCAAGCAGUGAGAUCUGGAAGCGAGGAGAAGGCCUGCGUGGAGGUUCUAGGUCCCUGAUGGGGAUGGAGGCUGCAGGGGAGUGCCCCCAGCCUACUCUGGAGCAGGUCUGUGUGUUCUGCAGGAGCCCUAGGUUUUUGGGAGGACAGGGAGGUGGUGGCGGCAGACAGUGACCUCCUCCAGGAGCAGUGGUGCUUUGGGUGUCUAACUCUGUGGCAGCCAGGAGAGUGGUGGUGGUCGUGUGUGUGUGUGUGUGUGUGUGUGUGUGUGUGUAUUUUGAGGGGAGGUUAGUUUAUGAGCAGCUGGUUCAUUGAAAAGAGCUUUUGCCAUUGAGUCAGGGAACUUAGGGCCUAGUCCUGGCUCACCUUGUGUGACCUUGGGGGAGCAAGCUGACCUCAGUUACCCCAUCUAGAAAGCAGGGCUCAGAAAGGCCCUGCUCCUUCCCCAGGGUUGCUGUGAGGACAGUGGCAAACUAUUCAAGAGGAACGCAGUGCCCUGGAGAAGAGAAGCCUCACAGAACCGGCAUGAAUGGAACAGAGCAGAACUUGGGGGUGUUUGUGGAGCACUGGGCCAGGCGUCUGUAUCCUGGGGAUGCCAAGAGGAAUCAAGCUGAGACCAGCUCCUGGGAGCUUACACUCCCUGUCAAGGCAUUGCAAACCUUUCAGGGGCAAGCCUCAUUCAGAUAAACAGAGAGCUGCUGCCUUUCAUGUUUAAUUGAGAUCACUUUCAAGUUCACAGGGUUUUUGUUUUGUUUCUUCUUUUAAGCUUCUCAAAAAUAUCUUCGACCCACAGCGUGACCCCACCCUUCCCUCCAGAUUGGGGAUGCACCCCGCUCCUUGAGAUUCUAGUUGGAGAGAUAAGACCUAUCCAGGGGCAGCCUUACUUGUAAUACUAGAAGCCCCCUAAUGUCACCUAUCGGCAUAUAUCCAAUGGGGCUGGUGACUGCGGCUGGAAGCGCCCAUGACAGAGCUGGCGUCCUCGGGGGGCGGGUCCCCUGCGGGGGACGGGGAGGAGGGCCUGGGGGACGAGCGAGGCCUGGUCAUCCACCACCCCGCGGAGGAGCAGCCCCACCGCUGCCCGCUGUGCGGCCAGACCUUCUCGCAGCAGCCCAGCCUGGUGCGGCACCAGAAGGCGCACGCGGGGGGCGGCCGCGCGGCCGCCUUCGUGUGCCCCGAGUGCGGCAAGGCCUUCAGCGUCAAGCACAACCUCGAGGUGCACCAGCGCACGCACACCGGCGAGCGGCCCUUCCCCUGCCCCGAGUGCGGCCGCUGCUUCAGCCUCAAGCAGAACCUGCUCACGCACCAGCGCAUCCACAGCGGCGAGAAGCCGCACCAGUGCGCGCAGUGCGGCCGCUGCUUCCGCGAGCCGCGCUUCCUGCUCAACCACCAGCGCACGCACGCGCGCAUGCCCGCGCCGCACCCGCGCCGGCCCGGCGUGUUCGGGGAGCGGCGGCCCUACUUCUGCGCCCGCUGCGGCAAGAGCUUCGCGCGCGAGGGCUCGCUCAAGACCCACCAGCGCAGCCACGGCCACGCGCCCGACGGCCCCGCGGCCCAUUUAGGCCGCGUGCUCUGAUGCGCCCCGGGCCGGCCGCCGCCGCCCGUCUCCGGCCCCGGGGCCGUGUCCACGACUCCCGGAGAGGGCGCUGGGCCGUCGCCCCCGUUCUGGACGCGAUCCCUGGAGACGGGGAGGGCUGGCUCGGGGUCUUGAAGGAGUGGGCCGCUGCCCGGCUUGGGACGCCUCCUCCCGUGUCUUCUCCACCCUCUGGCUGGCCUCUGGGCCCCUGCGUUGGUUUUCCUCAUGCUCAGCCGGCCUAGAGUAGAAUGUCAGAGUUGGAAGCCACUGGAGAGGCCCCUCUCCACAAUGCCCAGGCCACCCCCAGCCCCCAAGGCCUCCUGGCCCCAUCACUUACUCUCUGGGGUACUUGAGAAGUCACAUCACUUCAUGACUCAGUUUUUUCAUCUAUGUGGAGUGGGCAGGCCCUCUGAGCGGUGUGUCAGGCACAUCCGGGCCCAGAGACGAGGAAUGGGACCCUGUGGGGGCCUGCCCGCUGGCAUAAGGACACGUCCCCUAAGAAGACCUAUUUCCGGAGGUGUCCUGCAGAGGGGAUCCGUGGAGCCUGGAAUUGGAGGCGGCUUCCGUGCCCCCGUGGAAAAACUCCCCCAACCUGGUGGGAGUCACAGCUGGAGAAGAGCUCGUCCUGGCGGCCCGGCCACGGUCCACUCUCCUGCGGCCACAGGGACAAUGCCUGUGUGGAGAGCCGGCUUCCCUGCAGCUGCCUAAGAGAACUCGGCAAGUCGGUGGCAGACCUGGUUCUAGAGGCAAAGCCUUGCCCAGGUGUGGCCCAUACGUGCCGCAGGCGUCGCUCUCAGAGCGACUGUUCUUCGUCCGUGGGAGGCAUGAAGCCCUUGGAAAAUCUCACAAACGUUAUGAACCUUCUCCCCAGGAAAACACGCAUACUCAUGCAGACACAAAAAUCUACAAACAAGUUCAGAGCUCCCGGACACAACCCGCCACUCGUUCUUCACCGGACAUAGAACCUGGGUCACUACACAGGUAGCACUUUCCCCUCCCCCGGCUGAGCUUCCUGCCCUCGUCCAGGAAUAAAGGAUUCUGAGGAGGGGACCCUUCCACUCUCUUCUCCUGGGCCUGACCGUGCAUCAGGCUUCUAGAACCUUUCCUCCCUUCCGCGAACAUUGCUGGAGGCUCCCUGGGCUGGGUUUGCUCUUGUCUGGUUUGGGGCUGCUUGUGGUGGCUACCUGGCUGCUGGUUUUUGCCACGCAGCCUGGACUUCGAUUUCAGCGUAGAGGUGGCAGGGAAAGCUGGCAUUUCUAUGGAUGUGGGGUGAGCGUGAACUUGGACUGAGGCUACCUGGGGGAGGGAUCCUGCUUCCAGCAGCCAAGCCACGGCGGGCCGUCCCCUGCUAGACCAGGAGUUCAGCUGCAGCCGGGCAUGGGGUGGAGACAGCUGGGCAGGGAGACCGAGCCUCACUCCUGGGGCCUGCCAGUGCUGUGCUGUGGACAGUGGGACAGGGGUGACCACUUUGGUUUUCACCCUGAGCUGGUUGGCCUGGAGCUCACUGGCCUCCUCAGAAUGAACCACUUGACCUGAAGAGAUGUGGGCGAUUAGGGCUGGAAUGGGUUGUUGAUGACAACCAACCGGUCAUGAUGCCGUGAUAUUUAGUGCAAUCCUUGGGGGUGGGGAGAGGCCUAUAGCCAUGGGAUUUGGUUCCAAGCCCAGCAGUGUGAGUUGUGUGGGUCACAGUGCAGUUCUGCUGAGAGGUCCCAGGGCCAAGCUACGUUUGGUCAGGCUUGUCGGGAGGCCUCCCCGGCUCCUGGCCGUGGACCUUGCUGGUGGGGUCUCCCAUGCGGUCUGGCACAGAGGGUCUAUGGGCCAUCUGCCAUCCGCCUCAUCCUGAUAUCAGACUGCUCAGGGGAGGAGCAGAGGAAGAGGAGGCAAUCUGUGCUCUAGAAGCUUCCAUGUGCUCUGACCCUUGGCCCGCCUGGAGGGAGCCUCGCAGAUGCACUGUCUUCUCUGCUGGUCGUCCUCUCUCUCCCUUCCCUGGAACUUGUCGCCCACACCCACUGUUGCCUUCUCUGUCUUCCCUGGAAUUGCUCCAAAAUGUGGCCCUUCCCCCACCCUGCCGAUCCCUCUUCUCCGCCAGGCCCUCCAUCCUCGUCCUCCGAGCAGUCCCUGUGUUGACACGCCAUCUCACCGUCGGGGACCCCGGGUUGUCCGUGCGCACGCAUGUGGAUGUGGAGGGGGGGUCUCCAGCUAGACUGUGAGCUCCCUGAGGGCAAGGGACGGGCCAUGUCUUCUCGAAGCCCAAUAGGGUCCAGCACGGGGCUGGGCUCCUAACACUCAGGAAAUACUUGUCAGCUGGCUGAUAGGUCCAGUGCUGGAGGCUGUGCGGUGCCUGGCGGUGAGGAGAGGACCCGUGAGCUCCGCGUGGGUGCAUCUUGCUGGGUUGUGAGCUGGCUCCCCCCGGGCAGUAAUGGCCAUAGAGGCCCUCAGGUCCUCCCCUAUCUGGGGCAGCGGGGCAGGAGGGACCCCCGACAUGGCUACGCAGGAGUGCGUGGCAGUGGUGUCGGGGCUGGAUAUUUCCUUUGGCCACUAAGACCGGCCCGGGCUGACAAAGUGGAAUAAAUGUUCCCUCGACAUCAGCUGGUGUGACCUGUGGUCAUUUGGGGCUCAGCUGGGAGCAGGGCGGUGGCUUCUAGCUCUGCCUCCGUUCUGUCUCGGGGAGUUAUGUUCCGUGGUGGCCAAAGGCUGGAGAAAGCAGAGCUCAAAGCAUAGCACAGCAUCGCAGCGAUGAGUAGCUUGGCCGCCUGCCCCCGUGGGUGAGUGACUUCCCUCCUGCUGUUGGCGAGGCACUGGCACUGAUCACAGCCAAGGCUCACCCUGGAACCUUGCUUCUGUGUCCUGUUCUUUUUUUUUUUUUUUUUUUAAACAUUUGUUUGAGAGACAGAGCAUGAGCGGGGGGAGGG